AUGGCAAAGGUGUUCUCGUUAGACGACGUCAAGGCCCAUAAUAAGCCUGAUGACUUGUACAUCGUAGUUCACGGCGACGUCUACGAUCUUACUACCUUCAAGAACGAGCAUCCCGGUGGAAAGAAGAUCCUCGAACGUGUAGCCGGCAAGGAUGCAACUGUUCAAUUCCAAAAGUACCAUAAGGACUCAGUACUAGAAAAGUACAAGCCCAAGUUCUGCGUUGGAUCCGUGGAAGGCAAGAAGGCAGCACCAGUCAAGGAAGCACCAAAGCCAGUCGCCGCUGCACCAAAACCCAAGCCCGUCGCUGCUACCACCACAUCAUCGGCCGAGCCUGCUACCACAGUUCUAGAAACCUUUGGUGACCUCAUUCCUUAUGGUGACCCAGGCUGGUACCAAUCCUACCAUUCUCCAUACUACAAGGAAUCCCACGCAGCUCUCCGCGCCGAGGUUCGUGAGUGGAUUACCAAUGAAAUCGAACCCUAUGUUACAGAAUGGGACGAAGCCCGUUCCGUUCCAGAUUCGGUCUUCAAGACCAUGGGAGAGCGUGGAUACCUCGCCGGUCUUCUCGGUGUAAAAUACCCAGUUGAAUAUACCGACCGUCGGGUUGCUUCGGUCCCAGCUGAAGAAUGGGAUCACUUCCACGAACUCAUUGUCACUGAUGAGCUUUCGCGUACUGGAUCCGGUGGAUUCGUUUGGUCACAGAUUGGAGGUUAUGGAAUCGGUCUCCCACCGGUUAUUAGGUUCGGAGGGGAGGAACUUAAGAAGAGGAUAUUGCCAGGUCUUUUGGGCGGUGAUAAUAGGAUCUGUUUGGCUAUUACAGAACCUGAUGCUGGUAGUGACGUUGCCAACUUGACCUGUGAGGCCAAAUUGACCCCCGAUGGGAAGCACUACAUCGUCAACGGUGAGAAGAAGUGGAUCACCAACGGUAUCUGGGCAGAUUACUUCACCACUGCCGUCAGAACCGGAGGACCAGGAAUGGGUGGUGUUUCCGUCCUUCUCAUCGAGAAGACACACCCAGGUGUUAGCGUUAGGAAGAUGGACUGCCAGGGUGUCUGGAGUUCCGGAACUACAUACAUCACAUUUGAGGAUGUUAAGGUUCCAGUUGAGAAUUUGAUCGGAAAGGAGAACCAGGGCUUCAAGGUCAUCAUGACAAAUUUCAAUCACGAACGUUUGGGAAUUGUCAUCCAGUGCAAUCGAUUCAGCAGAGUCUUGUACGAAGAGAGCAUGAAGUAUGCGCAUAAGAGAAAGACCUUUGGCAAGAACUUGGUCGAGCAUCCAGUCAUCCGCAUGAAACUCGCCCAAAUGGCCCGUCAAAUCGAAGCCUGCCACAACUGGCUCGAGAACAUCGUCUACCAAUGCGAAAAGAUGGGAACCCAAGAGUCCAUGUUGAGACUCGGUGGUGCCAUCGCCGGUUUGAAAGCCCAAGCCACAACCACCUUCGAAUUCUGCGCCCGGGAGGCUGCCCAGAUCUUUGGUGGAUUGGCCUAUACCAGAGGCGGACAGGGUGCCAAGGUCGAGAGGCUGUACAGAGAUGUUAAGGCUUAUAUGAUCCCCGGUGGUAGCUUGGAGAUCAUGGAGGAUUUGAGUAUCAGACAGGCACUUAAGGUGCACCAGGUGCUUGGUAUGAAGCUGUAG